UCUAUGCCCUCCUGCAGACCCUGAAUGAGGAGAUGGAUUAUGUGGAUAACUUGCUAGACUGGUGGGAUAAAGCGAAACAACGUAUCAAAAAUAUUACAAUUAAAUACAGUAAGCAGAAAAAAUGGAAAGAACUUCAAGAUGAACGUGUUUUGAGACAGCAGCUAAAUAUAGAAUCGGAUGAGUUAGAAAGAAACGUAAAUAGAGAUUUAACAGAAUAUAUCCUUUUAAAGAAACAGCUAGAAGAAAUAGAGAAAAACAAAUGUAGAGGGGCCAUAAUUAGGAGUAAAGCGAAAUAUCUAACAGAAGGAGAGAAAUCUACGGCUUUCUUUUUAGCACAGGAAAAAUGAAAACAAGUCAAUACAACAAUCUCUGAGUUAAUAAAUAAUCAAGGACAGAAAGCAACUGAUAUCACAAGUAUUUUAGAAACUGUUCAAGAUUUUUACUCUCAGCUUUUUACAAGUGGUAAUGUUGCGGAAGAUAAAAUCAACAAGGUCGUUGGAGUCAUUCACUCCUCCCUCUCCAGGGAAGACAGUCUCUGCUGUGAUGCCCCUGUAACAGAAGAAGAAAUUCAAUUUGCUAUAAAUUCUCUAAACCACAAUAAAAGUCCAGGACACGAUGGCAUUUCGGCUGAAUUUUAUAAACAGUUUAAAAAUCAAAUUAGUAAAAUUUUAUUGAAAGUUUUUUCAGUCAUGGAGCAAACAGGCUGUACACCCAAGACUUUUGCACAGGGAGUCAUUACCCUUAUUUACAAAAAUAAAGGAAAUCGAAACAACCUUGAAAACUAUAGACCCAUCAGUUUAUUAAACAAAGACUACAAAAUAUAUGCAAAAAUAUUAGCUCAUAGGUUAAAAAUGGUCGCAGGUAGCAUUGUUGGUCUAUCUCAAGCAUAUGGUAUUCCGCAAAGAAACAUUUCAGACACAAUAUUAUCAAUAAAUCACACAAUUCAAACUAGGUCUAGUACCCAGGGUAUUUUUCUUAAUAUAGAUUUUAGUAAAGCGUUUGAUAGAGUUGAGCACAACUUCUUAUGGGCAGUUUUGAACAGGUUCGGGUUUGGGCAGUCUUUUAUCAGUAGAUUGCGUUUACUGUAUGCAAACGCGGAAAGUAAAGUCAAAUGCAAUGGUCACUUUACGGACUAUUUUCGCUUACAUAGGUCAGUCCGGCAGGGCUGUCCUUUGUCAUCCUUGCUAUAUAGGUUAGUGGCUGAGCUCCUGGCUCUGCUGAUAAAACAAGACAACAAAAUCCAUGGUAUAGAAUCUCCAUUAGGGACCAGCAGUAAAAUUUUCCAAUACGCCGAUGACACAUCAAUAACAGUCAGGGCAGAAGAGGACCUAGAUAGAGUUUUUCACCACGUACAUGAAUAUGGCUUAGCCUCUGGUGCAGCAGUCAAUAUGGAAAAAUCUGAAAUCAUGUAUUGCGGUGGAGCAGUGCGGACACCGGGCAAAUGGAGCUUAAAGGAGGCAGAAGGCAUAGUGAAGGUUUUAGGCGUGUACCUUGGAGUGCAGCAGAAUAUGGCGAGAGAUGAGACGUGGAAGGUGGUCUUGAACAAAAUCCAGAAACUCCUUAACCUAUGGAAACAGCGGAUGCUGACAAUCAAAGGUAAAGUAGUUAUUAUAAAUAGUUUAAUUAUAUCCAAGGUUAUCUAUCCACUUACCGUCUAUGAUCUCCCGCAGUCAGUGAUUGGUCUGUUGAAUAAAAGGAUUUCAUUCUUUAUUUGGAAACGGCCCAGUAAUCUUGUAGCGCAUAACACAUUGAUCACUCAGCAUAAACAAGGGGGUCUCAAGCUCACUGAUAUCACCUCGAAGAAGCAAGCACUAAGAAUUAAGUCAGUCUCGCACUUCCUGACCUCAUCUCAUCAUCAUGUAUGGUUUGAUUAUCUGGAAGAAGCACUGUCCCGGUUCGGCACGGAGACUGUCUUUAACCUGUGCUCCAUAACAAUGCCGGCAGAAAGAAACCGUUUAAGCCUCUUCCACGCAGAAUUACUUGAAGCCUGGGACAAAAUUCGUCCUUUUCUAGCGACAGACAUGCAAUAUACAUCCGUCCAUUCGUUGCCCAUCUUCUGUAAUCCCGAAGUGGUCUGCGGGAGCGGCAUGCUGUGCCUCCCGUCCUGGAGAGGGGCCGGCAUACACACCUUUGCGCAGGUGCUGAAUGAAAGAGGGACAGUAGAUGUUGACAAAGUCCAGAAUCAGUUUAGAACAGCACACCAUGUAGUCAGGAAAAACAUGCUGGUGAAAAACUGUCAAAUUAUUCAGGCAGCCUUGCCUUCACACUGGCUCUCGCGUGUCAGUAGGGGGAGUCGAUACCACGGGGUGCAGGAUAAUGCUCUAAAUUUCCUCCUUCCUGUAGGGGAUAAGAAGAAACAGAUUAGCGAAGUGAAAACCAAAGUGUGGUACAACAUGCUUGUUUCUCUGGUUGCACAGGAACCAACUUCACAUAAGCAAUGGUCAUUGUUAUUCACUGAUAGGGUGGUGCAAAGCAUAUGGUUGUACUUUCCGAUCAAGCAGAACUGUCACCAAGCCAAUAACAUGGACUUCUUGCUAAGACACAGGAGGAUCUUCACAGGUGUGGUCCUGCAUCAAAUUAACAAAGACAAGUACAGCAGAGACUGCACCGUCUGCCGCUCAGCCCCAGAAACACUGGAACACCUGUUUCUGCACUGUCCUGAAAAUAUCCCCUUCUGGAAGAGGAUCGCUCAACUGCUGCGCAGCAUGUCAUCAUCGCUGGGAUUCACAGGGCAGCGAUGGGAUUGGACGAGACUCUUUGGGCUCACAGAACCCCAUGAACAGCUGAGUAAAGAACAACACGCGCUUUGCAAUGUUACACUCUCCAUUGCCAGAUAUUCUGUUUACCUUUCCAGAAACUAUCAGCUCCAUGAGGGCAAGACGGUGAACCGUUGGAUGUUUUUCAGCGGGCUGAUGCGUGCUCACCUCAAAACUUUGGACACUGCCAACAUGGGCUUCUGUGACAGCAUCCUUGGGCCACUUCAGGUCUUAUAAAGGCGGUGACGGAUGGGAUGGAUUAAAGUGUGAGUGCAGCAGCUGAACCUCAGCCCAAAGCUGACUUCCUGAAAGGAGAACCUCACAGGAAGCACCCGGGUUUGACCAACCUGAAG